UUUCUCGAGACAGGAACAUCAAACUGCUAACUCUUAUAUGUCUCGAUGAACGUCCUAGAUUCUAGGGUUUCAUUUUUCCUCUCCAGUCCCUUUAAGCUAGAAAAAUGAAAAUAUCUUCCACAUUUAAAUGAUAAGCUUAUGGUUUGAUCUGGUAUGUAUGUCCUUCUUUACAUUGAAGGUUACUCACGGAGGGUAUAAAGAGGGGAGUGGAGGGAAGGUAUAGAAAGUGAAAACAUGUUCAUUAUGUUUUCCAAUAAGUUGUGCACAGUUGGAGAGUUUGAGAGGAAAAUAUUUAACUUGUCACAACUUUAGGAUAAAUAUCGUUCCUUACUCUUAUCUUGUUAAAUAGAACAGACGAGAAAAAUACAGAAAAUAAUGAAAAGAAACAUCAAACAAAGAAAAGAAGAGAUAAAACCCCGGAUGGAAAAGUGAACAGCCCGGAUGUGAAGGGGAAGAACCUGGAAAGAAAAGGGAAGAACCCGGAUGUGAAAGGGAAGCACCCGGAUUUUAAGGGGAAGGAUCUUGGAUUGGUGUCUGCAGUACAUAGAGGGAAUUCUAAUGAGGAUUAUAUUCAUCAUAUUAAUCCUGCAGAGCACAGGGCUAGAUAUAGCUUCCAUACAAAGCACAUUGGAGAUGUUGAAAACAUGUUUGAGCUGGCUUCCACGCACUCGGAAUCAAACGGGGCAAAUUUACACUGGAGAUCAGAUCUUCAAACCAAAUGCAGGAACGCGGAAGCGCACAGAAGAAAUUCGGAGAAGCUUAGAGAUGAUUUACAGAGAUUAGUUCAAGAAACUGAGGAGAGGUUUCAAGAAACUAUUCAUCAAACCUUACUCCAGAUACAGGAUAGAAUUCAUGAUUUGGAGAAGCGCAGAGUAGAUUUGCAGGUAGAGUUAAACCUACAUGAGAUUAAGGAUGUUGAACUACUGGAAUUAGGACGGGAGAUGAGAAGGUUUUUAAUUGCUCUAGAGACACCAGUUCAAGUAAAUCGAAGAAACAGGCGGGAUAGGGAACAAAGAUGGUGGCCUGAUAGUGUUCAAGACGAACUAGAUGUACAGCUGAGUACAGAGUGGGAUGUACUGACAACUGUACAAAGGGAACUUAAAUCACUCUUUCUUCAGGUAACCCAUCAGCUGAGCAGCUGCGAGUUAGCUCGGCGCAGCUUAACGGUCAAUCUCAACUGUACAAAGAAGAAUAUAGAAAUAAAUAAACAAAUACUGGAACAAAGAUCUGAUUUAAACUCCGAAAACUACAGUGAUCUUUUCCUUCCCUGGAGUAGUGAGAACAUUAUUCACAAUUCAGAGAGGAUACGGGAUGAGUGUUCAGGUCUAGAAGAAGAAGGGAAAUCAUCUUUACUAAGAGCAAAGGAAAAAGUUCUUUACAUUUGGUCACAAACAAACAGAUUAUUUGAGGAACAAGUGAGAGAAUUAUUGAAGGACAAAGAAGGAAUACAAAAGAGAAAAAGAGAAGUCGAAAAUGAAAUGUUUGAGAUGGAACGAGUAAUAUCUCAGAUAGAUUCUGCUGUUAAUAAUCUGUAUAAUCCUAUCAAGUUUGCACGGAGUGGAGUGAGAGUUGGUGGAGGACGAUAUUUAUCCUCGUCCUACUCUUCCUACUCGUCCUUUCUACAUCAGGACGCCUUACAGCAGAUGUCUGGACCUUAG